AUGUACGUGGAAGAAGGUGUAGAAGAAAUCAGUCAAGAGGAUUGCUGGGACGUCAUUAAGGCCUUUUUUGAGGAAAAGGGUCUUGUACGCCAGCAAAUCGACAGUUUCAAUGAAUUCAUGAGCAAUACUGUGCAAGAGCUCGUAGAAGAGAGCAAAAGUCUUACAUUGGAACAGGCCGAGCAACAUACGGGCAAUGCAGAGGACAAAACGCGUCGUUAUGAGAUUGAGUUUGGCCAAAUUUAUAUGAAUAAGCCGCGUCAGACAGAAGCAGAUGGUAGCACGGCUCCUCUCUUUCCUCAGGAGGCUCGGCAGCGUAACCUGACGUAUUCAGCUGGGCUUCAUGUCGAUGUAUCACAAAAGGUCCUGAUCAAGGGCGAAGAAGACGAGCUGGAUGAAAAUGGCGACCAGCUUUGGAUACCGGAUCCAUCCCAAGAAGAGAUUGUCGAUGAAAAAGUAUAUUUGGGCAAAGUACCCAUCAUGCUUCAUUCGCACUUUUGUUGGCUAACGGAUCUUCCAGACGAAGACAAGUACAGUUUGAAUGAAUGCCCCUUUGAUUCCGGUGGCUACUUUAUCAUUAAUGGCUCAGAAAAAGUUCUGAUUGCACAAGAGCGUAUGGCUGCAAAUCAUGUAUACGUAUUUUCCAAAGCUCCACCGUCUCCCAUUACAUUCCUAGCAGAAAUUCGCAGUGCGGUCGAGCGCGGCGGUAAAACGAUCAGUACGAUGCAAAUCAAGUUGUUUUCUCGUAACAGGGAAAAGAGUCUGAAUAAUACAAUCAAGGCAACGCUUCCAUAUAUUCGAAAUGACAUCCCUAUUGUGAUCGUGUUUCGUGCGCUGGGUGUCGUCCCAGACCGAGACAUUCUGCAACACAUUUGCUAUGACUUUAAUGACACUCAAAUGCUUGAAAUGCUCAAGCCAUGUAUUGAGGAGGCCUUUGUGAUUCAGGAUCGCGAGGUGGCGCUUGACUUUAUUGGCCGUCGUGGUACAACCACCGGUUUGUCGCGUUCGAAACGUACAACUUAUGCACAGGAAAUCCUACAAAAAGAAAUGCUGCCUCAUAUUUCCAUGUCGGAAGGCUCAAAUACCAAGAAAGCAUACUUUUUUGGGUAUAUGGUGCAUCGUCUCUUGCUAGCCGCGCUGGACCGCCGUGAGAUUGAUGAUCGUGAUCACUUUGGUAAAAAACGGCUGGACUUAGCUGGUCCCUUAAUGAGUGGCCUCUUCCGCAUGCUGUUCCGUAAAGUUACCCGUGAUAUUUACCGUCAUCUUCAGCGGUGUGUUGAAGAUCAGAAGGAGUUCCAUCUCCAGGCUGCUGUACGACAUGCCACUAUCACCAAUGGUCUACGCUAUUCGCUUGCCACCGGUAACUGGGGUGACCAGAAGAAGGCUAUGCAAUCUAAGGCAGGUGUAUCUCAAGUACUCAAUCGAUACACCUUUGCCUCAACACUAUCACACCUCCGUCGCUGCAACACACCUAUUGGUCGUGACGGUAAGAUUGCCAAGCCGCGUCAGCUACACAACACCCAUUGGGGUAUGGUGUGUCCCGCAGAGACUCCUGAAGGUCAGGCAUGUGGUCUUGUUAAAAACCUGAGCUUGAUGUCGAACAUCUCAGUCGGCACGCCUUCCGCACCAAUCGUUGAGUUCCUUGAAGAGUUUGGACUCACAAGUCUUAUCGAUAUGCAAGGUGCUGAUCCAAAAGCCACGAAAGUAUUUGUAAAUGGUGUAUGGCUUGGUACACAUGAUGACCCUGGACAGCUUGUCGACACGUUGCGUGACUUGCGUCGUAAAGAUGAUAUCAGCCACGAAGUAAGUGUUGUGCGUGACAUUCGCGAGAAGGAGCUCCGUAUCUACACAGAUGCAGGUCGUUUGAUGCGCCCUCUUUUCAUCGUGGAUCCACAAAGCAUGACGCUACUUAUUAAGCGUCACCAUGUCGAAGCAUUGAAUGAUGAAUCCGGUGAAGGCUGGGACUGGUCACGAUUAGUGCAAUCGGGUGUCAUUGAGUACCUUGACACAGAAGAAGAAGAAACUGUGUUAAUCUGUAUGAGUCCAAUGGACUUAGAGCAAUCGCGUGAGUACAAGGCCACGAAUGGUAAUAUGCCCCCAGACACAUCUGACGCAACGCGACGUUUGCGUUCUGCUCACACGUUUGCACCAGACACCUGGACACACUGCGAAAUCCAUCCAGCCAUGAUAUUAGGUGUAUGUGCAAGUAUUAUUCCCUUCCCAGACCACAACCAGUCGCCGCGAAACACUUACCAGUCAGCCAUGGGUAAACAAGCAAUGGGUGUAUUCCUUACCAAUUACCAGAUUCGUAUGGACACUAUGGCGAACAUUCUGUAUUAUCCCCAAAAGCCCCUCGCAACAACACGAGCAAUGGAGCAUCUGCGAUUCCGUGAAUUGCCGGCCGGUCAAAAUGCCAUCGUCGCAAUCCUAUGUUAUUCGGGUUAUAAUCAAGAAGACUCGGUAAUUAUGAACCAGUCGGCGAUUGACCGUGGAUUAUUCCGGUCACUGUACUACCGCUCCUUCCAAGAUAUGGAGAAGAAAGUCGGUGUGAUCACUAUGGAAGAAUUUGAGAAGCCGACACGUGAGACCGCUAUUCGUCUGAAGCACGGGACGUAUGAAAAACUUGAUGUUGACGGCCUUGUUCCUCCUGGCAUGCGUGUGUCAGGUGAAGAUAUUAUUAUUGGUAAGACAGCACCUUUGCCGCCGGACAGUGAUGAGUUGGGCAUGAGGAGCAAGUUGCAUACCAAGAAGGACGUGAGUACACCAAUGAAAAGCACUGAGAGCGGCAUUAUCGACCAAGUGCUGAUUACGACGAACGGCGAAGGCGCUAAGUUUGUCAAGGUGCGUGUUAGAUCUACGCGUGUACCGCAGGUGGGAGAUAAGUUCGCCUCGCGACAUGGUCAGAAGGGUACAAUUGGUAUCACCUACCGUCAGGAAGAUCUGCCUUUUACGUGCGAAGGUAUAACUCCCGAUAUCAUUAUCAACCCCCAUGCCAUUCCUAGUCGUAUGACUAUUGGCCAUUUGGUUGAAUGUUUGCUUUCCAAGGUCGCCACUCUGUCUGGUCAGGAGGGUGACGCAACGCCAUUCACUGAUCUUACAGUCAAGGGUGUCAGUGAUAUUCUAUUUUCGCUCGGCUUCCAGUCUCGCGGUCUCGAGGUCAUGUAUAAUGGACACACGGGUCGCAAGCUCCAGGCACAGGUGUACCUUGGUCCAACGUACUACCAGCGCUUGAAGCACAUGGUGGAUGACAAAAUCCACAGUCGUGCUCGUGGUCCAGUACAAAUUCUCACUCGCCAGCCGGUCGAGGGUCGUUCGCGUGACGGUGGUUUGCGCUUUGGUGAAAUGGAGCGUGACUGUAUGAUUUCUCACGGCAUGGCCAACUUCUUAAAAGAACGCAUGUAUGACGCCAGUGACGCCUACCGGUUGCACAUCUGCGACCUUUGCGGUUUGACGGCAGUGGCGAACCUGCGAAAAGGCACGUUCGAGUGCCGUGCGUGCCGCAACCGCUCGGCCAUAUCGCAAAUUCACAUCCCGUACGCGGCCAAGCUCUUGUUCCAGGAGCUCAUGAGUAUGGGCAUCGCUACGAGGUUGUACUAA